UGACUUUGGAUUGAUUGAUCUUCAGUCCCACGUGCGUUUCUUCUCUAGACGCCGCAGCGGCGCAGCCUCCAGUUUCACCUCCGCUGUUUAAACUUUAAUAACGUCCAGGCAAAAUGGGGAAACUGAAUUUUUAUGUUGUUUGGUCCCUGCGUGACGCUCCUCGACAGUUUAGUUGCAAAGCUAACAGAAGGCGCUUCCAAGUCCAUGUCCCGCUGCCUCUCCCCAAACAGCUGGUCAUCUUCGGUUUUGGAGACUGGUCGUGCAAAGACACAACAUUGUCUGCGGAGGUGGUGGUCAGUGAGGACGUCCAGCCACAGAACAUAGGGACUCUGUCCUCACAGAUAAAGUGUUUGACCUGGGAAGGUGACUGGAGUGAUGACAUCAUCACAGUGGCUGAAGAGAGAGGCAGGAGAGGAGUGUAUGGGAAGAUUGUGCUGAAGGCCUGCAGAGAGGAUAACUUCAGUGUCAGCAGCUCCCCUUUGGCCCAGAGGAAACGCCUGAUCUCAGAACAAUGCAGUGUGGCUGAUCUCUCCAGCUCAAUACAGGAAACUCUUGAAACUGAAAUGAUAAUCUCAGAAUCCUCACACAUGAGCCACAGUGUUAGCUACUUUAAGUUUCCAGUGAUUAAAGUUGAGACCAGUGACUUUCCUUGCCCUGCAGCUCGGCCUUUGAGAGCCCGCCAGACGUGGAGCUCAGAUGAAACAGACAGUCUCACAGAGGACACGGACAAAACUUCCACUUCCAACAGGAGGAAAGUGUGUAGCAUUAGCAUCCGUGAGAAAAUAACUGAGGACAUUAAAAACAAAAGCAGGGAAGUUUCAGCAUGUCCAUCAAAGCGCUGGAGCCACACUCUGUGUCUGAGUGACCCAGAUACGGCUGUCCUCAUUGGAGGGGAAACUUCGGAUCAGAACUACUGUGAGGACUCGCUGUGGAAGCUUGAGUUGGACAGUGACUUCUGGUUCCCAAUGAACUCUUCUGCUUCUGGACCAGUGCCUCCAUGUGCCCGAGGACACACAGCGACCUUUGACCCAGACUCUAAGGCAGUCUUUGUGUACGGUGGCCUGAGGGAGAGUCAGCGCUACAGCGAGCUGUACAUCCUUAAUACUCUGACCUGGAAGUGGAGGCUUGUCACUGUAGGUUUGUUCGAGAAUCACCACGCCUGGACGAAGCCCAUUCAGGCAAAAGGGAAAGUGCCAGCUUUAUCAUACCAUUCAGCAGUUUUCUACCAGAAAGAGCUUUUUGUCUUCGGAGGAGUUCAGCCAAGCAAUGGACUGGGAGAUAAAUGCAGCAACACUCUCUACAUCUUCAGCCCAGAAUAUGAGCUCUGGUACCAGCCCAUUGUGGAGGGAGACAAGCCUCUGCCUCGCUUUGGGCACUCGGCUACGCUUCUUGGACAUAAACUGUUCAUUUUUGGAGGACAAAUGACUGCUGCCUACUUAAAUGAUCUUCACGUUUUAGAUCUGGGACUGAUGGAGUACACAGCUGUGAAAUGUGGAAACAUGCCACCAUUGCCUCGAGGGUUUCAUGCAGCAGCUCCAGUGUUGGAUAACAGGAUUUUGAUCAGUGGAGGCUGCAGUGCAAUUGGAGCUCUGCAGGAUGUGCAUGUCUUCAAUACUGACACCUGCAUGUGGAGCUCAGUGGCAUGUCCACUGCUUUGCUCUAAACCACAUGCAGGACACAGCAUGAUAAAUUUACAAACUGAACAAGGUGAAAACAGAAAUAUCAAGUGCACAGUGCUGGUCUUUGGUGGGUCUGACUGCUCUGGUUCCUUCUAUGACGACACACAAAAGUUUCGCCUGGAAAUCACUGACAAAUGAUUAGAUCCAUGCAGUCGCAGACAACUGAUGUGAAAGAAAAGUGGUUUAUUUUGCUUUAUUCUGGUUUGAAAUCAUUCAUAAUGUGACCUCAAAUUGUGUACCAGUAAUGAGAUGUAUGCACUAAUACCUGAAGUUUUGCACUUUGCAUAACAAAUCUUUAAUUUGCAUGUUUUGGACAUUACAAAUCUGUGUGUUAUUGUGUGUUGGUAAAACAUUUUUACACAAUGCUGUGGAAUAGUUUAAGAGUUUCAUUGUUUAAUGCUGAUUAAAUAAAAACAUUUGUUUAAAGUACUUUA